ACUUCCGUUUUGUCGUUCCACGUUUACACUUGAGUCCCUCCACAAGGAAAUAGAAAUAUCACUCCAUAUGUAAAUCCAGUAAAACACUGACUUCUCAUCUGGGGGUUUAAAAGGACCGAAGUGUCGGAGGUGUCCAAAUGGGGGAAGUCAGGAAGCUGCAGAAGAAAUUGAGGCAGAUUGAGAACCUGGAGCUUAAAGUUUCUCUCACUUCAGAAGAAGCAGUGAAGGUCUCAAAGAAGGCAGAGCUUCGCAGCAGAUUGGCUGAGCUCCUGCUGCAACUUUCUGGCCUGCAGCAAACCCAAUAUAUUGUGGGCGAAAAGGGGGAUAAAAUGAAAAGACAAGUAGAGAGCGGAACCGAGCAUCACGCUGAUCACACUCCGGCGGUGAAGCUAGCACGUGAAGACCACCAGGAGACAGAGGAUAAGACAAAAAGUGGAGCUGAGCGGGAGAUAAAAGAGAGAGAGGGUGGAGGACAAAGGCAGAAGCUCCCAGACUCAGAUGCUGAAUUUUCAUCUCUUAAAGCAUUGUGGGAAAAGGCCAAGUUUCGCCUCAGGACUCUAAAAGGUCACAGUGACAUCAUCACUUGCGUAGCUGCCGUGGACAACCUCGUGAUUUCUGGAAGUCGUGAUACCACGGUGAAGGUGUGGCACGUUCCCACGGCAACAGAGCAGCGCAAUCUCGGAGGUCACAGCGGUGGCGUCACAUGUCUUAGUACACCACCUGCAGAAUACUGCAGGAAAUUAGCAUCUGCUCUGCAUCUGUCUGAGAAGGAAAGGUUUAUCAUAAGUGGCUCCACCGACUGCUGUGUACGGAUAUGGACUCUGAGCUCUGGCCAGUGUGUGAAAUCAAUCUACACUUACAAUGCAGUCACAAGCCUGUGCUUUAUAGCGGAGUGGAAGGGCUACAUUGUGACAGGCUCAGAUGCUGGGAAGCUGCAGGUGUGGGACUGGAUCUCUCAGGAGAACCGUCAAUCAGUCAAAGUGCACCUGGAUGCUGUCACGACACUACAGUCUCAGGGUCCUCUGGUGUUCAGUGGCUCGACCGACGGGAGCGUGUGUGUAUGGGAGGUGUGUGAUGGAGCAGCAAAUCCACUAAACCAGAUUCAGGACUGGGGGUCAGAGGUGACUGGCUGCAGCAGGAUCGAUGAUGUCACUGGGAGGCUGAGACUGAGUGCCCGAGGCGACCACACGUUCCUGGCCAAUGGAAGAUCCACUAUCCGUGUGCUCAAUUGGAAAACAGGCACAAUGAGGCGACUGACCAAUCACAGCAGUACUGCUGGUGUCACGGAUUGUGUCAAUCAAAUACCAGGGCUUCUAGUUGCCUCAUGCUUUGACCUCACCAGCGGAGAGAAUACUCUGAACUGUAAGUGAGAAUCCUCUUGAUAUACUU